GUCUUUACCCACAAUGCACAGCGAAACAGCCACGUAAACGUGAAGAAUCUGCUUCCUACCAUAGAGUCUACGCUUUCUACACAGCUCCAGAGCUUCAUAUCACGGAUGUCCACAUGAUGCCACACUUGUUUACCAGGCCUUCAGUGAGACUGCCACAGCUGUAAGAUGUCAAUGGUGUUGUUUGCCUCUGUGGUUCGGGUCGAAGACGGCCUGCCUCUCUCUGCAUCCACCGACUAUGAGCAGGACAAGGAGCUUCAGGAAACAAAGCGGCAUCUCAAAGGUCUCUCCAAGAAACUCAGCCAGUUCCCCGACCGCUGCACUCUUAAAACUGGUCCAUACAAUGUCAAUUUCACAAGCUCACUGGGUGUUGGAUACCUGAUGGUCUGCACUGCGAACUACCCCAGUGUGCUGGCCUUCUGCUUCCUGGAUGAGCUACAGAAGGAGUUUAUCGUCACCUAUGACACCAAACGAAUCAGGAGCGCCGUGCGGCCGUACUCCUUCAUUGAAUUUGACACCUUCAUCCAGAAGACCAAGCAGCGCUACAACAGCCCUCGUUCCCUGUCAACCAAAAUCAACCUGUCUGAUAUGCAGACGGAGAUCAAGCUGCGGCCGCCCUACCAGCUUUCCCCUGAGGACCUACAGGCUAUCAAUGGAUUCUCAGUGCACACAACCUCCAAGUACAAGGGCAUCGCUCCCACACAGAUGCUGGAACCAGUGACUCUCCCAGGCAUUGUGUCCUGUGUGCUCAGUGUUCUCUGUGGAGGCCUGAACCUGCUGCGAGGAGUCCACGCUAUAGAGAGCAUACUACAGAAUGACGAUGAGGACUUUAAUUAUGUGAUUGCCUUCUUCCUCGGCACAGCAGCCUGUCUGUAUCAGUGCUACCUGUUUGCCUACUUCUCUGUCUGGAGGAACAGUAAAUCCUUCCUGGCGUUUGCGUUGAUCUGUCUGUCCAACAUGUAUCUGUAUGAACUGAGGAACAUGUGGCAGAUCCUCUUCCAUGUUGCAGUCGGGGCCUUCAUGACCCUACAAAUCAGACUGAGGCAACCGCUGGGCAAAGCGCCGGACUACAAUGUCUGACAAAGACCUUAAACACAACAGACAAGUGGACCUUUUAUUCAGAUAUCCUGGAAAUACUGGAGAUGCUACUGGGGACAAAGUGGACAUGAAAAACAAGCAGAGUACAGGAAGAAGAAGAAAAAUUUAAAAAUGCAACAUCACAUUAGUCCUGUGUACUAAAUCCUAGCACUAAUGGACAGAUCUCACUUUGGAUUUUUAAUAAAACUCUGGUACAGCCUGAACCAUAUGAGGACAUUAUUGGAUUGAUUUUGGAAGUUAUCUCCCCGUCUGAUAAUGAUUUUUACUUUCUUUGAGUGCAGCCAUUAUUUUGGUCAGAGUCCUGCUUGCAGGUAAUCCAGUCUUGCAAACUCCCUGUACAUCCAACAUUAAGUAUUGGAACUAGCCUGUUACGAAUAACCCAUGACCCUUCUCACAGCAAAAUGCAACUGUUUUAAAGUUAUUUUUUUUACUUAGGAAUGUAUCAAACAAUAUUUGCAUUCCAGUUCUAAAAAUGAUAGUUUUGCAGUACCUUACUACGAGGACUGUAAAAAAAAAAAGUCUUUAAAGAAAUUAACUGAAGCUUAAUACAUACACACCUGAUCAAAGUAUCAAAAACAAGCAUCAUUCACCCUAGACAGUAGUCAAAAUAUGCUAAUGUAGUAUGAAUAUGAUCAAAUCUGCUCAAUGCUGAUGCACGUCAGAGCUGGAAAAUGAGCAGUAGUGCGAUUCAGUGGGUCACCAGAGCAUGAAUUUACAUAGAAAAGAGAAUUUGACCAGAUGUUUGAUUAGAGCUUGUGGUUAUUUGAGAUUUAAUGUUUGAGCUAAAAAGACAUUUCUGCUCGUACACAUGCAUCAUUUAUGUUUGAUAUUCAGCGACAUCAGUUCCUUGAGCUCCGUCAACAACACUUGAAGUCCAAAGAUACCCUGUGGAGUUUUCUUGUAAACAAACACAAGAGAUGUUUCCAUUCAGUUUAUUCUUUACAGCCUGUAAGAAAACACAGGAGGUGCAUUUCAUUCCUAACAAAACACCUUACACAAUUUAAUUAUUUUGAAUCCAGGAUUCGUGAAGUCACUGUUUACUAGCUUGCAUUCUUCUUCCCUGGUGCACAUCUUGGCAUAUUAGUGCCACCAUUAGACAAAUGGUAUGGAGUCACAACACUGGCAGUGCUGUAUGUUGCAUCACCUGUAUGACUGCAUUUAAUGCAUGUGUGCUCUUGUGAGUACACAAUGUAAACACAACAGGGACACAUUUAGAAAAAUCCCUUUUUAGGGCUACCAGAGAUUUAAUAAAAAUUCCACAGGGAACCUUUAACUGUGAAGUGUAAAAACAUACAACAGAAAAUAAACAAUCGCAAAUUUAAGAAAAGUUUAACAAACUCUAAACAUUUACAUAAAUUCUUAGACUUCAUCUAUGUCCUCACAUACAGUUAUUCUUUUUUCUUCUUUUUUGCAUGUGUACCCAUGGAUACCUGACCUCGUGCACUACUCUGGUUUAGGUUUUGGUUAUGGUUAUAACUAUGCAAUGCUGCCUUGUGUGUGUGUGUGUGUGUGUGUGUGUGUGUGUGUGUGUGUGUGUGUGUGUGUGUGUGUGUGUGUGUGUGUGUGUGUGUGUGUGAGACCCUCCUUGAAUUAUGAUGUUCUGUAGCAUCAACAGACAACAGUCAUAUCUUACUAAGGGUUUGUCAUUAUGUACAAGUUUCAUUUUGCUAUUUAUUUACAUGACUGAUUGUUCUGAGACACAUGGUCACUGAAGAUUUAUACAGAUUUUAUGAAUUUUGUUUGUUUUGUGAUUGCUCCAUGUUUAUGCUGACCUAAGUUUUUACUAAAUAGCUCCUGCUUCAUUUGCAACAAAUGGCCUGUUAGCAUUCAUACCCAACUUCCUAGCCUACACAGCCUCGAGCAUAUGCCAUUGUGAAGUGACUAUAUUAAUAAACAGGUCUGUGUUGGCAGCAGCAAAGAUGCAUAGUUGAGUUGUGGAGGCCAGAUGCAGGCUUCCUUUUCCUCCCUCUAAACCCCUCACUUUAGACGUGGCUACAUCUGCCAUUUAUGACAACAAAAUUUCAAUCUCUCCUUUUCCCCUGUGUUGUGGAUAUUUUCACAGCAUAAUUACUAUCAGGAGAUAUGGUGUGAGAUUGUUCAGGGAAUUAUAGCAUGAUUUCUUGGCUUCCUGCACCAUCAAUUGCAAACAAAUGAGAAGGGUAGAGAAUUAAGUCAUGCCUUUAUUGUUCAUAAAAACAACUGUGCCAAGAUUGUCAUGUCUUUUUUUUUUUUUAUAAUCCACUCAUUAAAAGAAGUUAAAGAGUAAAGUCACACAGCUAUACUCUAUGUCCAUCUGGUAUCAGCACUACAGUUCUGUCAGGAGACUACUUCAUUCUUGUAUGAUUCAUCGUCGCCCUGUGAAUGUUUUUCUGCUUUCCAACAGCAGUGCCACACCUAUAUGACCUAAUAGUUUUUUUCCCCCACAAUAUGGUUCAGUCUUGAUUGGGGCUGAAUUGUGCUUCACUGACUCAGAUUGCAAACUUUCUCCUUUCUAUUAGCAGUUACCUUUAAUUUGUCAUGUGAGUGUGCUGUAUAAAAAUGGGAAAAUUGAAAUCUAAGUCUUUUGUACUGAUUUUCCAGGUAUGCAAAAAGAAUGUGAUAGUUUUUCAUUUUCUCUGAAACUUUUUUGACAACACAGCUGAAAACAUUUUUAGAUUUUGUUUCACGUUACACUAGCAAAACUGAAUUCCUUUGUCAUUACAAUACAAAAAUACUAUGGAAAAACUAUAUCUGAUGUUAAAUGGAAGAAAUUAAAAUCUGCUGAAAAUGGGUUAAAACGCUGCUUUUAAAGCAAAUCUGAAUACUUACAUUUUGUGCAGUUUCUGUUGCAAACAGUAGUAAGAAUUCAUUAUGAUGCAACCUGGUCCUCUUCAGUGUAUUCGAAUCAUGUCUACCAUCUGUAGAGGAACUUAUUUUCUCUGUCAGCCAUGAAACACUGAACAUUAAAAAAAAGACCAUACUAUUACAAUGA